AUGCAGGCCGACAGAGAUCUCAAGUUCACGCUGGUGAACUCCUCCAAGGAAGAAAAGGAAACUACAAUCGACCCACGAAAACCCAUCCUGCUCGAUACUCCACCGGGAACAGACUUGUGGCGAAAACCACCCGUCGAGUCCUAUAACAUGCCCUACCUUGCGACCAGUUUUGAAACCUCGCAUUUCAAGUCUGCUCGCGUCACUGUAACGGGUCCAUGGACUCGUCUUUACGACCAAGCCGGCUUGAUAGUUCUGUGGCCAUCACGUGAUGGUAGCCAAUCUGGUCCACCGAGUGCAUGGAUCAAAACCGGCAUCGAAUUUUACGAAGGCAAGCCCAAUCUCUCGACCGUGGCCACCCCAGCGUCAUCGUCGUCGGAUUGGAGUCUUGUACCGAUAGAUUCGGGCGCCGUGACAAUCGAGAUUGAGAGAGAAAUUGACUCCAAAGGACCCAGUCCAUCUCUCUGGGUCUACCUCGUCACACAGACCGGACGCAAAGCCGUGAGAGAGAUUACGUGGGCAUUUUCUCAAGAAAUGCUGGCCCAAAAGGUCGCAAUUGGGCUAUACGUUGCACGCCCAACCAAAGACCCAGAGAAUCCUCAGAAUGACCACGAAAGACUCACCGCCGAAUUCACAGAAUUUAAGAUCCACUUGACCAUUGAUGUGUAA